AAUUUCCAAUACCGCAACACUUGUAACUACUUAAUCACAAGCAGUAGCUCUUCAACCAGACAUAUAUCGGAUCUUGUAUUAAAGAUAGUUUAACAUGAAAGGCGCUUGAAAUAAGAGGAUAUAAAUACUUGCCACAAAAUUGACUAGACUAAGUUUUAUUAAUGAUAAGUCUUUGUUUUCUUGCACUGGAGUGCAUGCAUUUGAAAAAUAAGUGCAUUUAAUUACGACGAUACAUUGAAUACGUUUUCUUAUCAUUUGUGAACAUUUGAUUAUUGCCUAUGUAUAUAUUGUUGAAUAAACAUUCUAUGUUUUGAGGUUGGAAUUAAUUCUGCUUUAAGCGUUGUUGACUGUGCCAUAGUUCCCAGUCAAUGCACAAAAUCCCACAAUAAAGCAUUCUCACUGCGUGAGGAAUAUCGAAAAUGAGCACUACACCUCCAACGUAUAACACUACAUACUACUACGAUGGUUCGUAUUACGACUACGGCGACAUGUACGAUACCCACAUGUAUCAUAAUGGCAUGUACGAUAACGAAACACAUAGACAAUACACCGCAGAGGAAAUGUUGGCUUACAGACAGAUGAUUAGAGAUCGUAAAAACUUUAGAUAUGUGUAUCAUGCAUUUGCAGCUUGUAUAGUAUUAAUAAAUGGAAUUAUGAUGUCAGCUAUAGUGCUUAGUCGUAAACAACGAUGUCAUUUCCGGAACUGGCUAAUAAUCCAUAUGACCGGCAUUCAUAUUUUGUUUGGUGGACUUGCUUUACCGUUUCUUGCACAAACAUUUGACAUGACCAGUGCAGGUCUUAGUAGUGUGCCGCUUUGUAAGCUUUUUUCAUUUCUGUCCGAUAUUACGGAGUACAUGUCAAAUAUUUCAAUUGGAAUUCUUGGUGUUUAUCAGUGUUUAAACCUUAUAUCACCACGAUUACUGAAAAGUGUGUCAAAUGCGCUUCUUCUAUCAAUAAUGAUCAUACUUCCUUGGUUUGUAGCGGUCAUGCUGACAGCUGUUUUGCGACUGACAAUGUCGGAGGAGCAAUGGGGACAGUGUUAUAUAGUGUCAGAUGAAACAGCGCAUGUUUUAUGGCUAACAUUAGCUCGCUGCCUACCAUUGUUUAUGGUGCUUGCUUGCUUGAUAACUAUCUUAUCUGUUGCUUGUUCGCCAUUUACUCCACGAAAUGACAGAUCUCCACCAGGAAGACAUAAUACAACAAUAUUUAUCAGCGUCUGUUUAGGCGCAUGUCUGUUCAUGCGAACUCCGUUUUACAUAAUUUUCUUCGAGCCAAUAGCUGAUGAAUGUAUGAGUAAGAACAUGUUGCUUUGCUCAAGACUUACACACGGGCUGGAUAUAGUGCGACUUCUAAGCAUGCUUUUGAUUCCAUUAGCUUACCUCGUGCAGUUAGACAUUCGUAAACGAUGUCGAAAAUUCAGGUCAAAACUUCUAUGCAAAACUGUUGACUGCAAUAACACAUCAAAGAAGCAACAGCCAAUGGAAAUGUUGUCUGUAUCAAACAAUGAAAGCUCAUCCUUGGUCCCAAAGAACAAGAUUGAGGAAACUGACAUCUGAGUCAACAAGGAAACAACAGGUCAAGCAAAGAUGGGCGACUGAGCUGAUUUCCUUCCUGCUAAAUAUUUUAUACGGCAUAAAAUAAAAUAAAAAUAAACGGUCUACUUUUAUUUAGGAAUUAGAUCAUAAAAAUUACACAUACUAUUAUGCAAUACAUAUUGAAGCUUGCGGGUAUUACAUUUGCGUUGUUUCUUGACACAUCUUUAUAAAGGACUGUGACUUUUAGAAUCAUUCCUGUCUAUUUCCAAGCAUUUUAUGACGCUACAUAAUUCCUUUCUUAUACAGUGUUUUGAGAUUGAGGUUGAAAGGGAUCGCAUUAAUUGCGUAUACGUAGUCGUUGACUUCUGAAUCGCGUGCCUUUCAGACUCCACUUAAGGUAUAUAAAUUUAUGUGUGGAAGUGCUAUUAAUCUUGAUCGAACAAAUGCCGGAGAUUGUAUUCAAGUACAUGUAUGUGCUUAAAAAUGUAUAAACCAUAAGAGCUAAGAUGUUGCAGAAAGACGGAAGUUACACGGGUACGACUUACAAUGGAACAAAACAAACACGUUAGUCACAAUUUUACCAAAUAUUAAGCACGUUCAUGAUCCCUUUCAACACCAAGCAAAUACACGCAAUAUAUAGUUCACCUUCAUUAAUGAAAGUGGCUCUUGGUGAUGAAAAAGUGAUAUCCGUUUACUAAUUUCAUCGACCCUGAAGAAAAAUGUUAGCUCAACGGCGUUCCUUCCUAAAUUCUUAGAUUCAAAGAAAUUGCUUAAAGACUAACGUCAGGGUAUACGUACCCUUUCCGUUACUUAAACGACUCGACUUGUAAUAGAGCAGUAAAUGCUUUGUGAAUUAUAUCUGUACUCAAAUACUCUCAGUAAUGUUUCUUAGGUGUUGACUUGGCUCCAAAAAAAGAAAUUUUCAAAAUGGCAGAAUAACGGUUCAUGCUAUUACUCAAGUUGGCUGAAAACGAAGUUGCAUUGUCCGACUAGUGAAAUGAAAGGAAUCUGGUAUUGCCAUCAUUACAUCAGCAUCGUAAUGUCGAACUCUUUAAAUAAGAAUAAAAGAGUUUAAUCAGA